AUGGAGAACAACUGCCUAGCGAUGUUGCUCGUGUGUUUCCUUUCACUGGACCGGAGCACUUGUGGUCUGACGCCAACGGUUGAUGAGGUGUUGCGCUAUUCUCAGCCGGUGUUAGACAUACAUACGCAGAAUUUCUACAAUAAUAGGGUGGUACACGUUGAGAAGUACACUGGUGGACGUAUAUCUGGGCUCAAGAGGAUACGGUGUCAUUCGUGGUUUGGCAACUGUAAUCAGAUUGUGGAGAGAUCAGAAGAUGGGACCCAGGGCACUGACACGAUCACUUGGUAUAAGAUUGGAAGAGAGCUGUCGCUGGAUGGAUCGAGCUAUCUCGAUCACCAGGCGUGGUCUUCACACGACUAUCUCUACGUGACAUAUGCAGACACAGAGGGUGAUGCCGUUGUUGAUGUUGCUCUUGGAGAUCCACGCUCUCUUGAGCCGCCGCAGUACGUUGUUAAAGAGUUGACAAAGUCGAAGCUGGGGAAGGCCAAGUCGAGAUUCGACGUUUCAGGCCACUAUGAUCUCAAUGGCUGGACCCAGUUGAAGGAUGGCAUAUGGGUUAAAUACGGGCCCUUUGAGUCUCCAGAGGCUAUCACCGAUAUAACGUAUCUAUUUGGUGAAGAUGUGAUUGAACCAAGGCCACAGUGGAACUUGGUUGACGGUUCUUUGUCUAUCUACCCGCAUCAUCCCAUCAGACUGAGCUUUGCCAGAGGCGUACGGCGAAGAGAACUGCCAAAGUUGCGAUUGUCUAAGGAUAAGAUGUUUAAAGUGCUACAACUCUCUGAUUUACACUUCACGUCGGGUUUUGGAGUAUGUCUGGAUCAGAAGGAUGCAGUGGAUGAAUGCCAUGCGGAUGCAAAAUCUCUUGCCUUUAUACAUAGGGUCAUCGAUGAAGAGUCCCCCGAUCUCGUGGUCUAUACCGGCGACCUGAUCGAUGGAAGUCGAACAUUCGAUUAUCAGACAGCAUUUUUGAAGGCGCUAUCGCCUGUGAUUUCGAGGUCUAUACCAUUUGCAAUUGCCAUGGGAGAGCAUGAUACCAGUGUGUUUGCCAGCAGGGACGUCAUCGUUGAGUUCUUGACAACUUUGCCAUUUAGCAUAAUGCACAGGCAAACACAAGAGCAGUGGAUAGGCAAUAUCACCAACUAUGUCAUUCCGGUGAUGUCCGAUAUCGAUGAUUCUUUAGCCGUGUCUGCUAUCUACAUGCUUGAUCUGUUUGAAGCCAACUCGCCCGAGCCUCUGGAGAAAACAUUGCACAGGCUCUACAACUCACUGCCCAAUAAACCAUCAAUGUCACUGGAAUUCCAGCACUACCCAAUCGCAGAGUAUCGUCCAAGAGGAGCAUUUGCCCUUGUGGGACAAUACAACGAGAAAACUCGUUUGAAAAGCUCCAGAACAGAUAAGAACACCAGGAAAGUCCUGAGCGACAUAGGCGUCCAAUGCAUGUCAGUGGGGUCCGAGCAUACAAACGAAUGCUGUAUACGGAGCGAUGCACAACCAGACCAGCAUUUGAAAGAAUUAUGGAUGUGUUUUGGUCCAUCCGUUGGUGAAGGUGCAUACGGCUCCACAGCGAUGGACAGACGUGUACGGCUCUUCAAGCUCGAUUCCCAGAACAACCAAAUCACAACGUGGAAAAGACAUCGUGAUGAUCCAUCAGAGGUGUUUGAUUACCAGUUUAUUCAGAAAUGA